AUGGAUAGACAAGGGAUAGAGACAAUUUGUAAAACUGAUUCUUCAAGAUUAAUGACAAUGCGAAAUAAUACUGAAACCUUAAGCAAGAUAUUUUUCUUAAUAUUAGUCUUCAAUAAUUAAGGAUUUGAUGGUCGACCAGGAUUAGGGUUAUAAUUAAUUGAACAAUAAAUUCCUGAAAGUUGUGUUGAUGAUGAUAAUGAAAUAUAUGCAUCUGAAAAUUCCUCUAUUUCAAAUUAAAGUCAACAUAGAAGUAGAAAAGAAUCAAAAGUAGAAUCAAAAAUAGAAUCCUUAAGUAAAAUAAUUAAGGAAACCUAAAAAAUUCAAUCUGAUGAUCUUCAUCAACCAAUUGGAGGUUGGGAUAAUAAAAUAUGGUAAAAUGGAGCAUUAAGAAUUAUGACUUACGUUAUUAGAUUUGUAAUGGCAUUAUUAAUCAACUCUGAGAAGUUCAAAUUUACAUUUAUGAAAAAAAGGCAAUUCUAUGCUAUAAAUGAUUAAUCAGCCAUAUUUGAUUAUUACGAAGAACGUUUUUUAAUUAGAGGCAAAAAGAAACUUAGCUAUUCUGUAAUUAUAUAAAAUUUAUUAAGUAAAUUCUUAAAUUAAGAAUUCAAAAUAAUUGCAUAUAUUAGUCAUGCCACAUAUUUAUAUAAUUUGUAGUCUAUAAGAUUAUAUUUAUUAUAACUCCAACAAGUACCCCAAAAUUAAUUUGGGAUGUAUUUCUAUUGAUAAUUUUAUCAAUUCAAAUGGUCUUUGUACCAUUAAAGAUAUGCUUUCAAAUUGAAAUUACUUCAGAUUUAUUAUAAUUCUUUUUAUUAAUCUUACCACUCUAUGUAUACCUUAUAGAAAUACUAUUGAAUUUUUUAACAGGAUUUUAUGAACAUGGAGUGUUAGUCAUUGAUUAAAAAUAAAUUGCAUUACAUUAUUUUAAAUCUACGUUUAUUUAUGAUUUUUUGAGUGUGAUGCCAUAAAUUAUAAGUGCUAUAAGUGAUGAAUCUUAAAUUUAUGAAAUUCUAUUAUUGAUACGUUUGAAAAGAUUAAUAUUGCUUGCAGAUACAUUAGAAGAGAUAUUAAAUUUAAGAUAAAAUUAUUAAACACUAUUAGAUGUCGUUCGUUUGCUGAUAUAGUUUAUAUUUUUGUCUCAUUUAUUUGGAUGUGUAUGGCAUUACAUAGGAGUUUUAGAAGAAGAAUUUGGGUAUAUUUGUUUUAGAUAUAUUGAUUUAAGAUAUGAUCAGAAUUGGAUCAAGUAAAAAAAUAUUGAUGGAGAAUCCUGGUUUGUACGUUAUGUAUUUUCAAUUUAUUGGAGUUCGAUUACUACAUUGACAAUAGGAUAUGGUGAUGUUAUACCAGUUAGCUCUGUAGAAAGAAUGUUUGUUGUAAUUGUAGCUGUAGUAAGUAGUGUUGUUUUUGCAUAUACUAUUUCUAGUAUUGGAAAUAUAUUUAGUUAAUUAAAUGAAAAUAAGAAGAAUUAAAGACAUAAAAUGUUUUUAAUCAAAAGAUUUAUUGAUGAAAGAAAUGUUAAUAAAGUAUUGGCAAAUAAAGUCAAAAAAUUUUUCGAGUAUUUUAUAUAGAUUGAUCAUACUUCAGAUAAUGAAUGUGUUAAAAUGAUUGAAAAAUUAGAUCCUACAUUAAAAACAGAAUUAAAGAUUGAUAUCUAUAGAAAAUUUAUUUCAAAUUCUAAACUAAUAUCAACAAUUUUCUCAGAUGUAUUGUUGAAUGAAAUAUGUUAAUUAGUGAAAGAAAAGUAAUAUAUGCCAGAUGAAUUUAUUGUUAUUUCGGAUUAAGAAAUAAAUGAAUUGUAUUUUGUAUUGGAAGGAGAAAUUUCUUUAAUUGUAGAAUUAAAUAAAUGUAUAAGUUAAUUAAUAUUUAUAGAAAAAAACAAAGCCUCAUAGUUAUCUUUAAUUAAAAAAAAUGAAGUUUUGGGAGAAAAGUAUUUUCUUACUAAUGCUAAAUUACCUUUUUCAGCCAAAGCUUAGAGUUUUGUUAGAGUAGCUGUUUUAGAUAAAUAAUAAUUUCAUAUAUUGCUCCAAAAAUAUCCAGAAGAACUUGAAAAAUAUAAAUAAGCAUUGAAUAAAGUUUAAUUGCAAGAAAGAAUAAAAUUAUCUGGUUGUGAACUUUGUUAUUAAAAUCAUAAGGUUUUAGAAUGUCCUUUUGUAUUUUAUUAACCAAAUGUUCGAUUUAUUGUUAAACGACAAUAUGUUUAAGAAUAAACCAGACAAUUAUUUGAGAGAAGAUAAACUAAAUCACAUGUAAUAAUUGAAUUGGUUAUAAUUAGAAUUCUAAAAGUGAUCGACUUGGUAUAUAAUAUCGUUUAGUAACGUAUGCUUUAGAGAAUAAUUUAAUUUAAGAAGAAUCUAUAAAUGAUUCAAUAAUUAAGAAAAUGGAUUUGUAAUGUUUAGAACAUUAGAGAAAUCUAUUUAGAACUUGUACUGAUUCUUCUAUAAAUACUCUUAUUAAAAACAAUAUUAAUCCUAAUUUUUAAAGUGGAGGUAAAGAAAGUCCACAUGAAAGUUAAGAUUAAAUACUUAGAUAAAAUUCAAAUAAUACUCAUAAUCCUAGGCCUAGUUUUACAGGAAUUGGUAGUAGUAAAUAAAUGUCAACUUUAAAAUUAAUUAAAUUAAAUAGUAAAAAAUAAGAUAAACAAGAAAUAUUUGAAAAAAUUGAAUUAAAAGUACCUGAUAAAAUUGUUUUACAAGAUAUUUGUGAACAUUCUUCAGAUUCUGAUUUAUAAUCACCUGAUAAAACUAAAUUAACAAAAUAAAAUAGUUUUACAUUUUGUGCUUUUGCAGAUUUUAAAACUUAAUUAAAAGCUGAAUAUUAUUAAAAAUUAAUUAUUAAUGAAUUGGAUGGAUUUGAUAAAUACUAAGAAUACUAAUUUUAUUAUCCUUAAUAUAAUGUUGAUAAAGUUAUAGAAAUUAUUAAUGAGAAAUAUAAACUAAAAAGACUUAAGUAAUCUAAAACAUUGAUUAAAAGAUAAAGUAGAUAUCUAACAUCUUUUCCAACUAUUUCAAUAAGAAGGAAAAAAAGUAGUAUUAUGGGGGAAGAAAUUAUACAUGAGAAUUGA